AGUUGGUACCUGGAGGCAAAGAGAAGAUGGCUGCAGCUGUGGAUGGGUCUGCCCUGCUCUGGUUAGCUCUGCUUCUCUUUUCUCCACAUGGGAUGUUAAUGGUUUGUAUUAUUUUGUGGUUGAGAAUGCUGAGACUCCGAUUAAGUUACUUGCUGGAGUUACACACCUCAGAACAACAACAACAAAAAAAAAAUGGAUUGCAGCCCAAGUCCUCUGUGUCCCCUCGGAAAUCUGUAAUCUCCCUGAGCCCGCCAUGGAGUAGAAUAUUUGAAGGAGAGAAUGUGACUCUUACAUGUAACAAGAACAAUCCCACUGAAGACAGCCCUACUCAGUGGUUUCACAAUGACAUCAACUUACCAACAAACACUUCAAACUAUAACAUUGUGAAUGCCAGCACUCAACACAGUGGGAAAUAUGAAUGUCAGAACCAAAAUUUGCUGAGGAGUAAACCUGUACACCUGGAAGUGUUCAAGGACUGGCUGCUCCUUCAGACCUCUGCUAAGGAGGUGUUGGAGGGUGAGUCCCUCUCACUCAGGUGCCAUGGUUGGAAGGAUUGGACCGUCUUCAAACCAAUCUACUACAAGGAUAAGAAAGCUUUCAAGUACCAUUAUGAGAACAAUGUGACCAUUACCAUUAUGCCUACAGUAGCUAAUGGCAGCGGUGCCUAUUACUGCUCUGGCUUUUUUAGUCCCAAGCAUUGGGAAGAGGAGGAUAGAUGUUUCUCUGAGUACCUCAACAUUACUGUCAUAAAAGCUCAACAAAGCAAAUACAUCUGGCUACAACUCACUUUCCCUCUGUUGGUGAUGACUCUGCUUCUUGUAGAUACCUGGUUAUAUGUCUCAACCAAUGAACAGUUCAAAUCUUUCUUGAAGAUGAAAAUGACUGGGGAAGGCAACAAACUUCAGAACCUACAUCCUGUGGCAGAAGCCUAAAGGAACGAUGUUGUUGCUUAAGAAUCAGUUUGCAAUAGCAAUUUUUUUUAACAGUGUAAGGAAUUGCUUUUCAUUUAUCAAACACAGCUCUCAAAAUACAUAGAAAAAUCUGUGAUCAAGGACUUAUAGAACUGCCUCAUUAAGCGAAAUGUAACUGGUUAUGUGACAUGUGAUACUAAGGGCUCAAUAAAAAUUGGUUGAAUAAGUGUGACAAUGAAUAGAUUCAUUUAU